AUGAGCAAAUUUGAAAAAGGCAACUCAGUCCAAGCAGACUCAGAACUAAUCCAAAUGAGAAGCAUUCUUCAAGACAAAUUAACUGAAGACCAAAAAGUGCAGUUGAAAAAUAAAGAAAAAUCACAAGUUUUGUUUGGGGAAGUUGUAAGACUGGGUGAAUCUCAAGAAAAAAUGAACGAAUUUUUGCAAAAUUUGUCGAUUACUGUAGAAAGUCGUGUGUCUCAGCUAGAAUCACGAUUAAAUCAUGGAGAACGACAAGUAGUGACUUUAGAUACAAAGGCUGAUACUAAUGUAAAUUUAUUGAUUGAACUAGCAGAAAAGGUGGAAAGGAGAGUCCAAAUGGUAGAAACUGCCCUUUUAGCUCUUGGUAAUGAGCAAGAGCAAGACCAUAAAAUAAUUGAUAAAGUUGAAAUUGGGUCACAAAGGCUCCAAGAAGACUUAAAACUGUUUUUACGUCAGUUGCAAGGAGAUAUACAGCACCGAGUUGAGCUUAAAACUGGAGAUUUAUUAAACCGGCUAAUCCAAGAACAAGAAGAAAGGCUGAGAACCCAUCAAGACCUAAAAUACACUUUUGAUGUCAAAGAAAAAAUGACACAUGAAAAAAUGCAGUUCGAUAGAGAAGAAUUCCGAGAUAGGCUCGCAAACUUAGAAACCCUAAUGAGGACAGAGUUUCAAAGAAAAGAAGAAAUGAUUAAUCAUUUAAAUGCAAAUUUAGACAUGCAGAUUAGAAGCAUUUUUGAAGGCUUGAAACAGGAAGAAGGAGCAAGAUUUCAAGGAGAAGCUAAUAUGAGGGAUGAUUUAUCACAGGUGGGAGAUGCUGCUAGAGACGCAAUUGAACAGUUCAAGAGCUAUCAAGCUUCAAUUACAGAGAAAAUGACAGAAAUGGUCAAAACCGAAAUCGAUUGUAGACUAAAGGCAGAAAAAGAUUUAAAGCAGAUGAUACAGAAUACAACUAAAGGGAUUUUCCAAGAACUGUCGAAUUAUAAAGAUGCUAUUGAAAAGAAUAGAAUUAAAGCAGAAUAUGACACUAAAGAAGCUUCAAAAUCUUUUUCAGAAAAAGCUGAUAUUUUAAGUAGGUAUAUAGAAGAAGAAACACAAAGGAAUGUAGAAGUAGUUAAAAGUCAGCAUCAGCAGACAAAAGAAAUGAUCACAACUAUUACAGAAAGCUUGAAACAGACUAUUAUAUCGAAUGAAAAAUUCAAGUCAGAUGCAACAAAAAAGUUUAUUAAGCAUGAUCAAUCUUUGCAAAUCUUAAAAAAUGAGCUAACUAAAAUUUCUCAUAUGGGAGACUCACAAAUAGUUGAAAAGAUGAGGGAGCUGCAAGCAAGCCUUGAAAGCCACCUAGGAGUCAAUACUAAAAUACUAGAAGACAGAAUAGAAAAUUUGGCUUCGAUGGUCGAUGUUAGCUUACUACCCCUACGUAAGUGAACAAAAAUUUUUGUUCGUUCAAUGAGGGGUUGUUUUAUAUGGUAAUUUUAUAGUACAAUUUUUUUUUUUCAAAAUCUUAAAAAUAGUUGUUUUUUAUUCAAUAAUUAGCUGAGAUUUCAUUAUAACGAAAUAUUUUUCAUAAAACAAUUUUGUUCACUCGUGAGUUUUUACCCAAAAAUUAAGGAUUUUUCCAAUCUUUUGUUCGUUCACGCGAGAGUUAGGAAAUUUCGAAAAAGCUUUAUAUUAUAAUCGAGAAACAUUUUCUGAUAUCAUCAACAAAUUAAACGAUGAAAUUUCAGAGCAGCAUCAAUGUGUUUGUGAAGAUCUUGAAAAAUUACUCGGAGGAUUAGAAACUUUGCAGUCAGAAAUUGACUCUAUCGCUGAUGACCUCAAUGAAAAACUCCAAAACGUUGCCAAGCAAACAGCUUUAAUAGAGUCCCAAACAACUGUCCAAUUAUCUACAGAAAAAUUAAUGCGUGAGCACAUGAUAAAUAAAUUUUCUGAAGAAAUUGAAGAUAAGCACAGAGACAUAGAUGAAAGCUUAGAAAAGAUCGAAGAAAGGCUGGAAGAAGAAGAAAAAGUUCAACAAGGAAACGACGACCGAAACCUAGAAAAAUUUGCCGAAAUUGGCGAAGAGAUGGGAAACAUUGUAAACUCUCUUGAUAGCUUGGGUAUGGAAUUAGGAAAAAUUGAAGAAAUCCGGGCCAAAAAUCAGGAAGAAGUUUUAAACUUGAUAAAAGAUCCAGUCGCCAAAGCAGAAUUCGAAAAUAUUCAAAAUGAGGUAGAAAAGUUAAAGCAGGGGACAAAUGAUAAAGAAAGGGAAACUGCUGAGUUUAUUGAGGAUAUAAAGAAUAAGGUGAAUGAUCUGCAGUAUAAAUUUGAUCAAAAUUCACAAGAGGUAAGAGAUUAUAUACAAGAAAUUUUUGACAGGAAAAUUGUUGGAUUGCAUGAAAAAUUGCAGAGGGAUAAUGAAAAAUUAUGAAAUAGUGUUGUAUCAACUGGCAGGAAUAAUGAAAUAAAGACAAAAAAUAAUUUAUCAGCGAUUCAUGAUAAAAUUAUGAAAAUUGCAAAUAAUUCUGAAGGGUAUAAACCUAAAAUCAGAGGUUUUAAACAAGAUAACUAA